AAUUACUAUGACUAGCAACAUAUCUGUCUCAGCAAGUUGAUGGGACUUUGGGAGUUCGGUCAUCUUGAGAAACUGGAGUUUUUGCUUGCGUGCUGUUGAUACUCAUCACUUUCUCUGUGUAUUUUUUAUAUACGUAUUCUCGAGACUAUGAUUGGCUUUUGAACCGCGACAGCCUCACAGCAACACGUACCAGAUGACCCCUCAACUCCCAACCUCGAUUUUUAACAUACCCUGAAAGAAUUUUAUCCUGCAGUUCUAAUAUCUCCUGUAGGAGAUACUCUUCUUCUCUAGCAAAGAUUACGUGAUUCCUUCUCGCUAAAUUUCACCUCUUUAUUGUACAUGACAUAUAAAAUGGUCGUCACACACCAUGACUAUACGGUCGCAUGGAUCUGCGCCUUGCCGCUGGAAAUGGCGGCCGCGAAGGCUAUGCUGGACGAGGUUCACCCUCCGCUCCCCCAGCCAGAAACUGAUCACAAUGUCUAUAUACUUGGGAGUGUUAGCAGCCACAAUGUAGUGGUGGCCCCCCUGCCUUCCGGUGUGUACGGAACCAUAUCUGCCUCAACUGUGGUAUCACACAUGGUUUCCACCUAUCCAAAAAUCCGAUUUGGGUUGAUGGUGGGUAUUGGUGGCGGAGUCCCGAGCCAAAGGGCUGACAUUCGCCUUGGUGAUGUGGUAAUCAGUAAGCCAACUGCCACUUCAAGUGGUGUUAUUCAAUAUGACUACGGCAAGACACUUCGUGACGGACGAUUCCAGCACACCGGGUCUCUUAAUAAACCGCCUUCGGUGUUGUUAAAAGCUAUGUCUCAAUUGGAGAGUGAUUAUAUGACAGGGAAAAGGCCAGUUAGUAAGAUCUUGAUUAAAAUACAGCACAAAUGUGAAGAGAUAAGAGAAAGAUUUUCGCGACCGAAAGAUGAUUGGCUAUUCCGACCGACAUACAAUCAUAAGGAUAGCGGACACAACUGUUCAGCAUGUGAUCACACCCAGCUAGUGAGCCGUCCAGAGCGAAUAACUGAUGGCCCUUAUUUUCAUUAUGGGUUAAUCGCUUCCGGAGAUCAGGUCAUGAAGGAUGCCAAGACUCGAGAUUCUAUUGCUCAGGAUCUCGGUAUACUCUGUUUUGAAAUGGAGGCUGCUGGGCUUAUGGACGAACUCCCAUCACUAGCUAUUCGAGGCAUCUGUGACUACUGUGAUUCUCAUAAAAAUAAACAGUGGCAAGGAUACGCGGCUCUUGCUGCUGCUGCCUACACGAAGGCUCUUCUAUCAGUGGUUCCCACUCACUGCCACAAGAAGGAAUCAUAUAAAUCAAGAGAACCAGUUUGGAUGGUUCCCUUCAGAAGAAACCCGCGAUUCGUAGGUCGGGAAGAAGAAAUUACCAGAGCUGAAGGAUUGAUUAUGCAGCAGGACAGCCCUGGCAGGUUUGCUAUCUGCGGACUAGGCGGAGUUGGGAAGACCCAGAUUGCACUUGAAUUAGCAUACCGAAUGCGAAAUCGAGAACCUGAGUGUUCCAUAUUCUGGAUUCAAAGUACCAGCUAUGAGAGUGUGGAGCAAACCUAUAUGAGCAUCGCCUCAAGGCUACGAAUGUCUGACAUAAAGCCGGCAGAGGUAAAAGAAAAAGUCAAGGCCUAUCUCAGCCAGGAGAGUGCUGGGAAGUGGCUUUUUAUUUUCGAUAACGCAGAUAAUGUGGAGAUGUGGGGCAAGGACAACACCAAUAAUCCAGUACUGACGGACUUUCUUCCUCAAAGUGAGCAGGGCCAUAUUCUCUUCACUACACGCAGCCGGAAGGUAGCUGUGAAACUAGUGUCUUCUUAUGUUAUGAUAAUCUCUGAGCCGGAUACAGAGACUGCUGUCAAAAUUUUACAAAACUCAUUGGUUGAAAAAAACCUACUUAAUGAUCAUGAUAUGGCUACUUCUCUUCUCGAGCAGCUAGCCUUUCUCCCGCUGGCGAUUACCCAGGCGGCGGCAUAUAUCAAUGAAAAUAGCAUUGGCCUCUCUGACUAUAUUAUACUUUUACAGAGCCAGGAGCCUGAUGUGAUUGAAUUGCUGAGUGAAGACUUUGGGGAUGAAAGGCGAUACAAAGACACCCAGAAUCCUGUUACGUUAACCUGGUUCAUCUCAUUUCAGCAAAUUUACCAAUUAAAUAAACUCGCAGCGGAGUAUCUAUCAUUUAUGGCCUGUAUCAAUUCUCGUGAUAUUCCACAGUCCUUACUUCCCCAGGCAAGCUCAACUAAGAAGAGAAUUGAUGCCAUCGGCCUUCUCAAGGCCUUCUCCUUUAUUAGUGAGGAUGGCGGGGACCGUUUUCUAAAUAUACACAGACUAGUCCAUCUUGCAACUCGGAACUGGAUAAGAAAGAACCAACAGUUUAGCCAGUGUAUUUUGAAAACUGCAGACCGAUUGAGCGAAGCUUUCCCGAACAAUGAUCAUACCAACCGGAAAGUGUGGCGGAAAUAUUUACCGCACGCGUUUUCACUAAUUGCAGAAGCUGACUUCCAGAAGGAGCGGGAGAAAUACAUUAAUUUCAUUGUGAAUAUUGGGAGAUGUCUGUAUAGUGAUGGUCGAUGGAAGGAAGCAGAAGAGCUGCAACUACAGGUAAUAGAGCUCCGCAAGCAAGUGCUGGGGCCAGAGCAUCCGUCCACUUUGACCAGUAUGGGUAACAUGGCAGCAAUAUACUGGGGCCAGGGACGAUGGAAGAAAGCAGAAGAGCUGGAAAUACAGGUAAUAGAGCUCCGCAAGCAAGUGCUGGGGUCAGAGCAUCCAGAUACUCUGACCAGUAUAGGUAAUCUGGCAUCAAUAUACUGGGGCCAGGGACAAUGGAAGGAAGCAGAAGAGCUGGAAGUACAGGUAAUGGAGCUCCGCAAGCAAGUGCUGGGGCCAGAGCAUCCAGAUACUCUGACCAGCAUGAACAACCUGGCCUAUACAUGGAAACAACUAGGCAAGGUUCAAGAUGCCUUAGUUCUGAUGGAAAAGUGUGUAGGGCUCAGCUGCAAUUUGUUAGGUCCACAUCACCCACGUGCCAUAUCCUCCUCUAACGCUCUUAGAGACUGGGAAAGAGCUGUGAAUUCUCUAUCAAAGAAGCCAGCACAGCAAACUUCAGCCGCAAUCUCUCCUGCCUUGCCUAUCCAGAAUAACCCUCCCAAGCAGAUAAAAUCAGACUCUGAACCCGUUACAGGUGGUAAAAGAUGGGCAUUCAAAAGGUUUUUCGGGAGACGAUGAUCUACGUUAAGCCUUUUACCACGGCUAGAUUAAACAUGUACUUAACCUGGCUUAUAUAUCAACCAGACCUCUAAAUAAUUAUAAUCGCGUGUAUCAAGGCAGUAGAUGCCACUGAGGAGCCUAGUGUUGGGACCAUCAUAUGUUAGCCUACGCUAUGUGGGUGUUCCAGCAAGAAUAGUAUCCGUGAGGGAGGAGGUGCAGCUAACAAGACCAGCAAAAUGAUCAGGUUCAUGGACGAUGAAUUAAGACAGGUACGGUAUUGUAGCCCUACCCAUCUUGGUUAAUCUGGUAAAAGGAUCAACUGUGGCUCAGUACAGAUAAAAGGA